AUGAGUAAAUAUUUAGCUUCGGGUGCUUUAGGUGCUGGUGUUUCAGUGGCCAUUGCUAAUUUCUUUUGGGGAAAACCAUCUUCAACUUCAACAGCUUCUCCAGUGGAUUCUUCUUCAGGUUAUGGUGUUCCAGCUCAACAGGGACAAUCUGGUGGCUUGGUCAGUGGGCCAGUUGUCAACCCUUCAGAAUUCUUCAAGUAUGGGUUCCCAGGUCCUAUUCAUGAUUUACAAAAUAGACAAGAGUUCGUGAGUUGUUACGACAGACAAAAACGUAAUCCAUAUUGGGUUGUGGAGCAUAUAACUCCAGAAUCAAUUAAAUCAAAUGGUACAGUUGAUCGUAAAAAAUCUGUAUUCAAAGAAGAUGAAAAGAUUCCAGCAACUUUCAAAGCUCAGUUAAGAGAUUUUUUCAGAAGUGGGUAUGAUAGAGGACAUCAAGCCCCUGCUGCUAAUGCCAAAUUUAAUCAAACAGCUAUGGAUGAAACUUUUUACUUAACAAAUAUCUCCCCUCAAGUUGGUGAAGGGUUCAACAGAGACUACUGGGCCCAUUUAGAAUUCUUCUGUCGUGAUUUGACCAAAACUUAUGGAUCUGUUCGUAUAGUAACAGGUCCCCUAUAUUUACCAAAAAGAGAUCCAGAUGGGAAAUGGAGAGUUACAUAUGAAGUGAUUGGAAAUCCACCAAAUGUUGCAGUUCCAACACAUUUUUUCAAAUUGAUAGUUGCUGAAAACCCAAAUAGAAAUCCAGGAGAUCAAUCACUAGCUGUAUCUGCAUUCGUUUUACCAAAUGCCCCAAUUUCCAAUCAAACACCACUAAGAUCUUUUGAAAUGCCAAUUGAAGCGUUAGAGAAAUCAUCAGGUUUAACAUUCUUACAAAAUGUCCCAGAAAAUAAGAAGAAACAACUGUGUAGAGAAGUUGACUGUUCAAUUGUUGUCAGGGAAUUCAACAAUUCAUUACCACCAAAGAAAGAUAUGUUAUUAUUACCACCACCAAAAUAG